GCAAUACUCUGUGGAUAAAAGGCUUGCAGUCCCAGCUGAGAAAAAGAGGUCCCAUUAUCUCCCAGCUGCAUAGACAUUCCAUACGGCUUGGUUCUGCCUGGGUGCACAGCAUGCUUGGCUGAGGGCUUGCAACAGAGUUCUGCAGAAAAAUUGUAAAGAUCCCGAGACAUUUCCCUGGGAAGAUCUACUCCUAAGAGAUUGACUGGAAGAUAGACUUUUUUUUUUUUCUGCUGAUUGUAUGGGAGAAAAUUUUGACCUUACAAAGUGGAGAUGAGGUUGCUAUGGAAACUGGUAAUUCUGCUGCCACUCAUCAAAUCUUGUGCAGGUGAUGGUCCUUGGAUCCCACCUACUUUUAUCGAGGAGCCACAAGAUGUCAUUUUUCCUUUGGAUUUAUCAAGAUCUGAGAUCAUCCUGAAUUGUGCUGCUAAUGGUUACCCUUCACCCCAUUAUAGGUGGAGUCAAAAUGGCAGAGAGAUUGAUUUUGCAAUGAGUUAUCACUACAAGUUAGACGGAGGCAGCUUGGCCAUCAGCAGUCCCCGCACAGAUCAAGAUUCUGGCACGUACCAGUGCCUGGCCACCAAUCUUCUGGGGACCAUUCUGAGUCGGAAGGCAAAGCUGCAGUUUGCAUAUAUCGAAGAAUUUGAAACCAAAACAAGAAGCACGGUGUCUGUCCGAGAGGGACAAGGUGUGGUUCUUCUCUGUGGCCCACCACCACACUUUGGAGAUUUAUCGUAUGCCUGGACCUUCAAUGAUAACUCCUUAUAUGUCCAAGAGGACAAGAGGCGGUUUGUAUCUCAAGAGACAGGAAACCUGUACAUUGCUAAGGUGGAGCCCUCGGACGUGGGCAACUACACCUGCUUCAUAACCAACAAGGAGGCCCGGAGGAGCGUCCGAGGACCCCCCACGCCUUUAGUGCAACGCACCGAUGGUGUGAUGGGGGAAUAUGAACCAAAGAUUGAAGUCCGUUUUCCUGAAACUAUACAAGCCGCAAAGGAUUCAUCUGUAAAACUGGAAUGCUUUGCCCUUGGAAAUCCAGUCCCUGAUAUUAGUUGGAGGAGGUUGGACGGAAGCCCGUUGCCAGGGAAAGUCAAAUACAGCAAAUCCAAAGCCGUCCUCGAAAUCCCCAGCUUCCGACAAGAAGAUGAAGGCUUCUACGAGUGCCUUGCAGGCAACCUUCGAGGAAGAAACCUCGCCAAGGGUCAGCUGAUUUUUUAUGCUCCUCCAGAAUGGGAACAAAAAAUCCAAAAUACAUACCUCUCUAUCUAUGACAGCUUGUUUUGGGAGUGCAAAGCUAGUGGAAAGCCAGCUCCCUGGUACACGUGGUUGAAGAAUGGCGAACGCAUCCACCCAGAGGAGAGAAUUCAAAUAGAUAAUGGCACGCUCAUCAUAACUAUGCUGAAUGUAUCGGAUUCUGGUGUCUACCAAUGCACUGCAGAAAACAAGUAUCAGAUCAUUUACGCAAAUGCAGAGUUGAGAGUUUUAGCCUCUGCUCCUGAUUUCUCCAGAAACCCUAUUAAAAAAAACUCCGUUGUUCAAGUUGGUGGGGAAAUUGUUAUCGAAUGCAAACCAAAUGCUUUCCCCAGAGCUGAUAUCUCUUGGAAAAGAGGAACGGAGAACGUGAGACAGAGCAAAAGAGUGUUUCUAUUGGAAGACGGUAGCCUUAAGAUAUAUAAUGUUACCAGGUCGGAUGCUGGAUCAUAUACCUGUGUGGCCACAAAUCAAUUUGGCAUUGCAAAGAGUACUGGCAGCCUUGUGGUCAAAGAGAGGACUGUCAUUACGGUCCCCCCUUCCACAAUGGAUGUCACCGUGGGAGAGAGUAUCGUCCUCCCCUGCCAGGUGUCCCAUGACCUCUCCAUGGACGUGGUGUUCCUGUGGUCUUUCAAUGGUGAUGUCAUCGACUUAAAGAAAGGAGUGACUCACUUUGAAAGGAUCGGAGGAGAAUCCGUCGGGGAUUUGAUGAUACGGAAUAUUCAGUUGAGCCAUUCAGGAAAAUACCUCUGCACGGUGCAGACGACUCUCGAACGUCUGUCGGCUGUGGCCGAUGUCAUUGUUCGAGGUCCUCCAGGUCCCCCAGAGGAUGUGAGAGUAGAACACAUUUCUAGUACCACCUCCCAGCUAAGGUGGACACCAGGCCCGGAUAACAACAGUCCCAUUCAAAUAUUCACAGUUCAGACACGGACACCUUUUUCUGUGGGUUGGCAAGCUGUUGCUACAGUCCCUGAAAUUCUCAACGGUCAGACACACAAUGCCACCGUGGUUGGUUUGAGUCCCUGGGUGGAGUAUGAAUUUCGGGUUGUCGCCGGGAACAGCAUUGGCAUCGGAGAACCGAGUAAGCCAUCGGAAUUGUUAAGAACCAAGGCGUCAGUACCUGUUGUGGCCCCGGUAAGCGUCAGCGGAGGUGGAGGAAGCCGAUCCGAACUCGUCAUUACGUGGGAGUCCAUUCCAGAAGAGCUGCAAAACGGAGAAGGGUUUGGAUACAUCGUCAUGUUCCGGCCCGUGGGCUCGACCACCUGGACCAAGGAGAGAGUAGCCUUUGUGGAAUCCUCCAAGUUCAUCUACCGCAACGACAGCAUCACGCCCCUGUCUCCCUUUGAAGUCAAAGUGGGGGUCUAUAAUAACGAAGGAGAGGGCUCCCUGAGCACCGUGUCCAUCAUCUACUCUGGGGAAGACGAACCUCAGCUGGCCCCAAAGGGAACUUCCGUCCAGAGUUUCUCUGCUUCUGAAGUGGAGGUGUCAUGGAACGCUAUUGCCUGGAACAGGAACACAGGACGAGUGCUAGGCUACGAGAUCUUAUACUGGACGGACGACUCCAAGGAAUCCAUGGUUGGUAGGACCCGGGUCAGUGGAAAUGUCACCACCAAAAACAUCACGGGACUGAAAGCCAACACCAUUUACUUUGCUUCUGUGAGAGCUUAUAACACGGCGGGGACAGGUCCCUCAAGCCCCCCGGUCAACGUCACCACCAAAAAGUCCCCUCCCAGCCAACCACCCGCCAACAUUGCCUGGAAGCUCUCGAACUCCAAGUUAUGCUUGAACUGGGAGCACGUGAAGACCAUGGAAAACGAGUCUGAAGUGUUGGGCUACAAGAUUCUGUACCGGCAGAACAGACAGAGCAAGACUCAUAUUUUGGAAACAAACAAUACCUCCGCUGAGCUCCUGGUGCCCUUUGAAGAAGACUACUUGAUAGAGAUAAGGACGGUCAGCGACGGCGGGGACGGAAGCAGCAGUGAGGAGAUCAGAAUUCCAAAAAUGUCCAGUCUGAGUUCCAGAGGAAAUCAAGUCUUAGAACCUCGCACCCAUUUCCUGUCCGUCAUCAUUACCGGUUUUUUACUGUUUUGCUAUUCAGCUGCUUAUACGAUGAAUAUAACCAUAAAUGGUUGGGAGUUUUCUGAAAGCUAAAUCAUUCUGUAAAUAUGCUCUCCAGCCUCCAACACGCAAAUUCUUAAUACAGACUUGUUUGGAAAGAAGAAAAAUGUAUAUUAUUAAGAUCUUGUAAAUAUCUGUGGUACAUUAAUAAAAACAAUUUUAAACACUUUUGAAUUUGAAAGUUCACACAUGAUUGCAUACAUUCAGAGGUGCCAAGUUAAUCCAGGGAAUUGCAACUGCUGCGUCUUUCAAGAGACUUUUAUAUGGAGAGUAAAAAUAACUCCCCUUUGAAGAGGAUGAUAGAUACAAAAUGGUUUUGCAUCUCUGUGCAUUUGAAUGUACUCCAGGCCACUCACUUCAGUAUUUAGAAAAUGCUCCCUACAUCCAAAUAAAAUAUAAUUAUUUGUUUAUAGUUGGGCUUCUUUCAAAGCAUCAGCUAUUAGAAGGCAUGGUGUGCUUUAAUGUCUGAAUCAAGUUGGGAUGAGAAAUAUUUGCACCCCCAAAACAUGUAUAUACACAAUGUUUUUCCAG